AUGGCACCCAGCACAGAUUUCAUGGAGCAUAGCUCCCUCCUGACUCCCAAAGAGAAAAACAAACUGAGGAAGCCGGUGGUGGAAAAGAUGCGCCGGGACCGCAUCAACAGCAGCAUCGAGCAGCUGAAGUUGUUGCUGGAGAAGGAGUUCCAGAGACACCAGCCCAACUCGAAGCUGGAGAAGGCUGACAUUCUGGAGAUGACCGUCAGCUAUCUGAAGCAGCAGAGCCACCUGCAGGGCAAAGCUCCAGGCUCACUUCCCAGAAGCCUGCAGACGGACUUCAAGGAGGGCUAUGCCCGCUGCCUGCAGGAAGCCUUCCACUUCCUCUCCUUCCACAAGGCACAGACUGACACCCAGACCAAGCUGCGCAGCCACUUCCAGAAAAGCUCCUGGGCAGCCCCUGAGGGGCUGGCUCCCUCCUUCCCGGCUCCUGGCCCUGGCAAGCAGCCUGCCCUCAAAGGCCCUCCUAGUCCUCUGUGGCGGCCCUGGUAG